CUUGAAAUCUAUAUAAGACUUGAGUUUACAAACCAACAUAGUAGGCAUAAGAUCCCAUUCUCUACCCACAUUCCAGAGUGAACAAUGGAGACAUCUAUAAUGUUAAGGUGUGCUAGCUUUAUGUUGUUACUAGUUUGGACGCUGUGUAUUUCAUCAUCCCUGGCAUGUAGUGAGAGGCAGAAGCCGGUAGAGAAUGAUCAGAAUGCCAUGAAGGAGAGGUACGAAAGGUGGCUGGCAAAAUAUGACCGAAGAUACAAGAAUAGAGAUGAGUGGGAACACCGUUUCGGAAUUUACCAGUCCAACGUUGAGCUUAUCGAUUUCAUAAACUCUCAAAACCUGUCAUACAAACUUACUGACAACGUAUUUGCAGACAUGACAAACCAAGAGUUUACAACCACCCACUUGGGUUUUCGAGCUGGUAGAAAUCCAAAGACAAAGUUCAGGUAUGAGGGGAUGAAGGGCUUGCCGACUACAGUGGAUUGGAGAAAGAAUGGCAGUGUAACUCCUGUCAGGGAUCAAGGCCGAUGUGGUAGCUGUUGGGCAUUCUCUGCAGUUGCAGCUGUGGAAGGCCUUCACAAAAUCAAUACCGGAAAACUGGUGCCACUCUCAGAACAAGAGCUUGUAGACUGCGACGUAAACACUGGGAACCAAGGUUGCAGAGGUGGAUUCAUGGAAAAUGCAUUUGAUUACAUAAGAAAGUACGGAAUCACUACCCAGAAGGAUUAUCCCUACACAGGAUCAGACGGCACCUGCAACAAAUCUAAACAGAAAAAAUCUGGUGUGAAAAUAGGCGGCUACGAAACAGUGCCUGAGAAUGAUGAGAAGAGCCUACAAGCUGCAGUUGCUCAUCAACCUGUCUCUGUAGCAAUUGAUGCCAGCGGUUUUGCUAUGCAACUCUACUCUUCUGGUAUCUUCAGCGGCCUGCUAUGUGGUAAGAGCCUUGACCAUGGAGUCACAGCAGUCGGAUAUGGAGAAGAAAAUGGUCUCAAGUACUGGAUUGUGAAAAACUCUUGGGGUACUAACUGGGGUGAAUCUGGUUAUAUCAGAAUAACAAGAGAUUAUAUUGACAAGGAAGGUGCUUGCGGCAUUGCUAUGAUGUCAAGCUACCCUGUAAAGUAAGGAGAAAUGUAGUAAAGGUUUAUGUACUGUCAAGGUUAAGUAUGCAAGUAUUGAAUUAAUUA